AUGGCUACUGUCGGGGAUUUGGAUCUGGAAGCCUCGUUUUUCAUGUGGCCAAGAGUUAAAGUCAAUUCUGUGCUGCUGGUCAAGGCCCCUGAGGAUCUGCCAACCUUGAGAUGGACAGUGGUUGGUCCUCCCACCAGCUCCACAGUGAAUGAUACUCAAUCGGGCCUUUGCAGCCGGCGAAUUUCCAGUCGGUGA